AUGGACUUUGUGAAACUGCUUUUUGUUUCUCCGGAAGUCAACCCCAGCAACCGGAAAGCCUUGUCAAUUCCCGUCUUCAAUCCCUUUGACAAGUAUGGCCGUGUUUUCACAUUCUCAUGGCUGGGAUUCAUGGUUGCGUUCCUCUCGUGGUACGCAUUCCCACCCCUGUUGACGGCCACAAUCAAAAAUGACCUGGGCAUGAACCAGGGACAGGUUGCAAACUCGAAUAUCGUUGCUCUCCUCGCCACACUCCUAGUCAGACUCAUCGCCGGACCACUAUGCGAUCGCUUCGGCCCCCGUCUCGUCUUCGUCGGCCUUCUCCUCUGCGGCUCCAUCCCGACUGCCAUGGCCGGCCUCGUCACCAACCCCCAAGGUCUGAUCGCAUUGCGCUUUUUCGUUGGUAUCCUGGGAGGCACGUUUGUCCCCUGUCAGGUCUGGUGUACCGGGUUCUUUGACAAGAAGAUUGUUGGAACUGCCAAUUCCCUGGCUGGUGGAUGGGGGAACUCUGGUGGCGGUAUUACCUAUUUUGUCAUGCCUGCAGUGUAUGACUCCCUCGUCCAUUCUCAGGGCCUCGCGCCACACAGGGCAUGGCGAGUCGCCUAUGUGAUUCCAUUCGUUAUCAUUGUGGCCCUGGCUUUGGCUAUGCUUUUCACCUGCGACGAUACCCCAAUGGGCAAAUGGUCCGAACGCCACAUCUGGAUGAAGGAGAAUAAUCUCCAAGCCGCUAAUGUGAACAUCGUCGACAUUACCCCCAGAAAUCCCUCAAGCCGCACAUCCGGCGCACCCUCCAUAAGCCAGGUCGUCGCCGUCUCCGACGUCGAGAAGAAGGGCGCAGAAACACCCAACAACAUUGUUGACACCGAAGCUCAAACAACAGGACAAGUUGGCAUCCUCCACACAGCCACAACACCUCCAACUCCCUCCCAUAAAGAAACUCUCAGCAUCAUGUUCAGCCUCUCCACCCUUGCCGUCGCAAUCCCCUACGCCUGCUCCUUCGGCUCCGAGCUCUCCAUCAACUCCAUCCUCGGCGACUACUACGCCCAGAACUUCCCUUACAUGAGCCAGACCCGGACAGGACAAUGGGCCGCCAUGUUCGGGCUGCUGAACAUUGUCUGCCGUCCGGCUGGUGGCUUCGUCGCAGAUUUUGUGUAUCGAUAUACCGAAACAGUCUGGUCGAAGAAAAUUCUUCUGGUGUUUCUGGGCGUGAUAAUGGGAGCUUUCCAGCUUGCGAUGGGCCUUUCGGAUCCGAAGGACGAGGCUACCAUGUUUGGACUGACGGCUGGGUUGGCGUUUUUCUUGGAGGCGUGUAAUGGGGCGAACUUUGCGCUUGUGCCGCAUGUGCAUUCGUUUGCUAAUGGUAUCGUCUCUGGUACUGUUGGUGGUCUGGGAAACCUUGGUGGAAUUAUCUUCGCGAUCAUCUUCCGAUACAAUGGGAGUCACUAUGCGCGCUCGUUGUGGAUCAUCGGUGUUAUCUGCAUUGCUGGAAACAUGCUUCUUUCUUGGAUCCGGCCAGUGCCUAGGGGCCAGACAACGCGGUCAUGA